AUGAAGCCCCUCUCUGGACUGCUUGUCACUGUUGCGGGCAGUCUAUCGACGGCCCAGCUCGCUCUCGACGACGGACAUCGCCAUGGCGUAGACCGGCCCUUCGAUGACACAACGGACGGCAGCUUCAUGGGUGAAAUAAUCCCAGUCCCGGCGCAAACCAGCCUGUUUUUGCAGCCCUCGAUAACGCAGAAACCGGUGGUCGUUGUGGGGAGGGAUCGGAGUCUGCUCCAGAUCGAAACGCUCGGUUCAAAUACCUGCGGGUUCUUCAUGCUAUCAAAAGACGCCUUGAGCAUCACGAGAACCCGCAUUUGUGACGAGAAGUCCUCGUCGUGUGCCGCCUCAGGCAACUAUCUCGGCUGUGGAGAGAAGCCAUAUACGACCUGCUUGAACAGCAAAGAAGCUGCAUGCGGCUCAUCUGGCAAACUAGGCGAAAGGACGCUCUGCUGCCAAAGGACCAGAGGCCUGAGCGGAGAGUGCCAGACUUUCGUCCGGGACGACGGCGCCCUGGGCGAGAAGACGCUCCUCGGGUGCCGCGAAUACGACGUAGAGUGGGAUCUUACAGUGUCUCUCAAGACAGCGACGGACCAGUUUUCGAAAACUUCGACUACGAUGCCCACCUUUUCGCUGCCUCCCGACACCUUGAGUGUUCUGGCCCCGUCGAUUCUGACCCCGUUAGUCUCCUCGACGGCUACAACGACAACGACAUCAAGCACUAGCAGCGGCGACUCUACAAACCCGCACACCGGCGCCAUCAUCGGCGGCGUGCUGGGGAGUCUGGCCAUAUUGGCUGUCGCUGGCUGCGUCGCCGUGUGGUUGGUCGUGCGGCGGCGGCGGGCUUCGGCGUCGACGCGCAGGUCAGACGGCCACGUGUUGCCGUCGCCAGGUCACGAGCUCCCCGGUGACCAACCGUGCGUUCCGCUGAAGGAGGACAACGAGGAGAAAGGCAACUACACGGAAUUGUCCCCAGCGUCGACAUCUGGCGAUGUCUACCAGGCGCCGGUGAGCGAUGCGGUGGGGAGUUUGACGAAGCCGGCCGAGUUGGGCUGA